AUGGCAGAGACUCAACACCUACAAUUACCCGAUGUGUCCCCGACGGUUGCUAGCUUUGCUACUCCUUCUAAGAGGGGACAUCGUCACAAAAGAUCAUUGGCGAUAUCUGGAGAUUUUGAAUUUUUGAAACAGGCCCCAUCGUCUGUACCGCCUCUGCCUACCUAUGCUACAUCGCCCAACACCUAUCUAAAACCUGCUGUAUUGGAUCCAUCCAUGGUGAAGACCCCGCAACAUCCUGGCAACCCCAUUGGUACUACUCCAAGUCCUAGAUUUUUUAUUAGUGAGGAACCCAGAUUUUCAUCUCCAAUUCAAGGCGUUCCUGACGCCAUUAUUAAUUUGGAUGACGCAUUGAAAACAAGGCCCAGAUCGUUUAAGACACACAGAAGAUCGGAGUCAGCACCAGCGGACCUAGAAAUUACCCUAGACUUUCCUGCACAGAUCAAAAGUAAAUCUAAUAAACCAAGUUUUACAAUUGACGAAGAAGAAGAUGUAAGUGAUAAUGAGGAACGACCAAGUGUCAAGCUGGCGGAUGGAUUAUUAUCGCCACUUCGGCCCUCUACUCCACUCUUUCCUGAUUCCAAAAUGGAACCAGGGAGUAAAAAUACAUCACCUCUGAAGGACCAUGAAGGAACCAACAAUAACGAAAAAUUCAAUUCAUUGAAAAUCAUGAAGCAGAAGCAAAGGUAUCGUUACUACACUAAGCAGCUGCCAGUAUAUGGCAUCGACGCAGUUAGUGAUAAUACUGGUGUACAAUCUCAACGGCUUAAAAAUCAAGCUUCAACUUUAUCACUGACAUCUUCGAUUUCAAUAACACCGGCAUCAAAUUCAUAUACCCCAUCUAGACAUCUUGUUACGCCCAUGACUCCAGAUUCAUUUGUUGAUCAACAAAAGCAACCAGAGUCAAUAACCGGUACGUUAAGUAAAGACAGAAGCGCAUCAAAUCGUAGUAUAAAAUUCCAAGAAGCUAUAUCGAAGAGGACUUUGAGCCCUCAACGCAAAAAUUUUCAACGACUCAGUAAUACUAAUAUUAAUACUGUAAGGCGGAAUAGUAGUACUGGUGUCUAUUCUAAAUUCAAUUUCAAAAGUAAAGAGUAUGACAUGCCAUAUAAUGAUGUUGAAACGGAGUCAAAAUUAACAUUAGUAAGUAAGAGUGAUGAAGCUUCAAUAUCCACAGAUCUCAAUCUAGUGGAGAAUGAAGUAUGCGGCAAGAAAAAUGAGUUAUCCAAGGAAUUACUAUUAGGUGAGCCCGGUGAUACUGUAGACUUAUCCAGUUUCAGCAUGGCCAAACUCAAUUCUGCCAAGCCAAGUAAGACUAAUUUGAAGCCUUCUAUAUCCAAUGAUAAAAACAAUGUGAAAUUGCAGAAGAAGGAUGAUCUAGAUGAUAUCGCUGGCGGUAAAGAUAAAGCAUCGGAGGUCAAGGCUGAUAGUGCACCAACUUUCGGGAUCAAAAGUAAGAGUAAGAAAAAGAGGAAGUCAAGGUUAAGCAUUUUUAUAAACUUAUUUACAAAGGACAAGAAAUGA